AGGAUCUAAUGGUAAGAAACGAGAUCCCGAGGGCAAAGCGGCCUCUAUUGGUAAAUUUCGACCCAUUUAAGUAUUUAACUCUCAUCUUUUCCCCUCAUUUGCGUUGCCGCAGCAAUACCCUUCUCUGUAAUCUACGCGUUGCAGUCCCUGUUUGCACACUAUACGAAGUACGUAGCCCCCUCCUCCCGCUUUCUCUCUCUCUCUUGCCAUCCUUUGGACCUUGGAGGAUUCCCACUCAUUUUUUUGGCUCACAAAAGCAACCCUCGAGAUAAAGGAAAAGGCAGAAAAGAGGACCCAAACGACUCGCCCUUCUCAACUUCUCCGGCGACGUUAGUGCAGGGCAGUUGAGAUACUCUCCGGCAGCGUACAAACCCUCAUUGCUCCCAUAUGCAUUAAUUGUCGGAUGUUUAUACAUGACCACAAAAUGCGCCAGCCGCUGCUGCCUCACGAUUCCACUGAUUUCCCUUCCGCCACUACCAUCAAGAAGUUUGACGCCGCCAAGGUAGACAAGGAGGCCCAUAAGCCCGCUCCACCUGUUCUUGUAGUUGGCCGGAAUCGCUCCCAGGCCGGCACCCGGAGGGUCACACCUACCGGAAUACCCGUUGGGGCUGGUACUGCCAACUCCAUUGUUGAGAAUCUUCUGCCCAACGGUGAUUAUUUUGUGGGUACCUUCUCUGGGAACGUUCCACACGGAUCCGGGAAGUACUUGUGGACGGACGGGUGCAUGUACGAGGGUGAGUGGAAGAGAGGCAAGGCGGCCGGGAAAGGCAAAUUCUCUUGGCCUUCCGGGGCUACCUAUGAAGGGGAAUUCAAAUCGGGUCGGAUGGAGGGAUUCGGGACUUUUGUUGGAUCUGACGGCGACACCUACCGGGGCGCCUGGAUCGGAGAUCGGAAACACGGAUGGGGCCAGAAGCGCUAUGCCAACGGCGAUUUCUAUGAAGGGUCGUGGAAGCGGAACUUGCAGGAUGGGCAGGGGAGGUAUGUGUGGAAGAAUGGGAACGAGUACGUGGGCGAGUGGAAGAACGGCGUGAUGUCUGGAAGAGGCUCGUUGCUUUGGACGAAUGGGAAUCGCUAUGAAGGGCAAUGGGAGAACGGGGUUCCGAAAGGGCAGGGGAUUUUCACAUGGCCUGAUGGGAGUUGCUAUAUUGGCAUCUGGAACAAGGAUUUGAAAAUACAGCAAUUGAAUGGAACAUUUUACCCUGGCAAUGGGAAAGAGCACUAUCUCAAGGGCAACUGGCCGUUCAAAACUGACAAUUUUACUAUAACAAUGAGCAAGACGUCGUCCAUGGACGAUACGAGAGGAAGUGUGAGUGAGAAGAAUUUCCCGAGGAUAUGCAUUUGGGAAUCCGAUGGAGAAGCUGGUGAUAUAACUUGCGAUAUCAUAGACAAUGUGGAGGCAUCCAUGUUCUAUCAGCGUGCAACGGGAUUUGAUCGACAUGAGAUAAAGCAGUUUCGGCGCAAUUCUCUCUGCUUCUCCAAUGAGGUUAAACGACCAGGGCAAACAAUAUGCAAAGGGCAUAAGAAUUAUGACUUAAUGAUUAAUCUACAAUUGGGUAUAAGGUACUCUAUCGGGAAGGAAGCUUCAAUAUUGCGUGAACUUAAACAUAGUGAUUUUGAUCCAAAGGAGAAGUUCUGGACGAGGUUUCCGCCCGAAGGAUCCAAGAUAACUCCACCACAUCAGUCAGCGGAGUUCCGCUGGAAAGAUUAUUGCCCCUUGGUCUUUAGACAAGUAAGGAAGCUUUUCCAGGUGGAUCCUGUUGAUUAUAUGUCUGCUAUAUGCGGGAAUGAUGCUCUCCGGGAGCUUUCAUCCCCGGGGAAGAGUGGAAGCCUCUUCUACUUGACCCAAGACGACAGAUUUAUGAUUAAAACAGUGAAGAAAUCGGAAGUCAAGGUGCUUCUUCGAAUGCUUCUAAGCUAUUACCAACAUGUUUCUCAAUAUGAAAAUUCACUUUUGACAAAAUUUUAUGGAUUGCAUUGUGUCAAACCAAUUGGAGGCCAAAAGACCCGGUUUAUUGUAAUGGGCAAUCUUUUCUGCUCGGAAUAUCCAAUCCAUAGACGGUUUGACUUGAAGGGAUCAUCUCAUGGCCGUACAAUAGAUAAGCGGGAAGAGGAGAUUGAUGAAACUACAACCCUCAAAGAUCUUGAUCUCAAUUUUGUAUUUCGUCUACAGCAAUGUUGGUUUCAGAAGCUCAUCAAACAAAUUGAGCAGGAUUGUAAGUUCUUGGAAGCAGAGGGAAUCAUGGAUUACAGUCUUUUGGUGGGCCUUCACUUCCGUGAAGAUAACAAGUAUGACAAAAUGGGGCUGUCUCCGUUUGUUUUGCGCACUGGCAAGCGAGAUUCUUAUCAGAGUGAGAAGUUCAUGCGCGGCUGUCGCUUCCUUGAGGCAGAGCUACAAGAUCGGGAUCGAGUUAAAUCUGGCCGGAAAUCAUUGAUCAGAUUAGGAGCUAACAUGCCGGCAAGGGCAGAGCCGAUGGCAAGGAGGAGUGAUUUUGAUCAAUACUUGAUGGAUGGAAUCAGCCAAUUGAUCCCAAGUCGAAGUGGAGAGACAUGCGAUGUUGUCUUGUAUUUUGGGAUUAUAGACAUCUUGCAGGAUUAUGAUAUCAGCAAGAAGUUAGAGCACGCCUACAAAUCGUUGCAAGCCAAACCCUCGUCAAUAUCGGCCGUGGAUCCAAAGCUGUACUCCAAGAGAUUCCGUGAUUUCGUGGGGAGAAUAUUCAUCGAAGACAGGUAGUAGCUACAUCCAAAGAAAAAUCUGUCAUCAGGUACAAGUGCAGACUGAUUUGACAUCAACAAAAUUGAGGGAAUUAACCUCUCCCCUAUGAGACCUUGGACCGAGGUGGACCUGAAGUUGACCGUUCUGGGUUCUAAGCCGAGGCAAGGGAGGUUUCCAGUGCCAGAGAUCUCGGGUUCGAUUUGGAUGACGCUGUGUUUUAAAUUUUAAAUUUAAAUAUACAGCUCUGUGAACUGUGAUGGCACGGGGUGUUGGCAAGCAGAUCUUUGUACAGGGAAGGCGGAGGGAAAUUUGGUGUCAGAUUUUUUGAUUUAAUUUUUGUCAAGAAUGAAAAGAAAGAAAAGGAGUGGGAAUGAUUUAACGGUUGAGAAGGAAGGUUAGUGGUAGAGGUGGAAACAGAAUAGGACGUUUCCCAGUGAUAGAUGAUCGUAGAUUUUUCUUUUUGUGGGGUGGAUAAAGAAAUUGUACAGUUUUGUAUUAGUUAGCAAGGAAUUGAAUUGAGAGACAAAUGAAAUUUUAUUCAUCGGGCAAA